AUGUCUGUUCCUGCCCACAAGCAAGUGCAGAAGGAGUCAAAGGACCGUGAAAGCCCUCAGAGUUCGCGUAAAGUAGCACUGUCAGACCGAUUCUCCAUGAAGAAUAAGGUGUGUCUUGUCACCGGUGCGGCUAGGGGCCUUGGUUACGAGUUUUGUCGGGCGUUCAUUGAGAUGGGAUGCACGUCACUGGCUGUCCUUGACAUGCAAGAGCGUGCAGCACAGGAGGCAGCGGCGGAACUGGUAGAAUCUUCUAAACGCCACUGGGGCAUAGAGAACGUUGACGCCGUCGGUUUUGGUUGCAACGUCGCUUCGGAGCGUUCAGUAGAAGACACGUUCAAAAACGUAGUGGCACAUUUCAAGAAGAUUGAUGCUGUCGUAGCUUCAGCAGGCAUCGUGGAGAAUUAUUCUGCUCUUGAAUACCCAUCGGACCGCGCAAAGCUUCUGUUUGACGUGAAUUACCAUGGUGCAUUCUUUACCGCCCGCGAAUCCGCAAAAUAUAUGAUACCAAAUGGCGGAGGCUCAAUUGUACUCAUUGCGAGUAUGAGUGCUGAUAUCGUGAAUGUUCCUCAGCCACAAGCACCUUAUAAUGCUUCGAAAGCAGCCGUAAAGCAAUUGGCAUCCAGCUUGGCUGUUGAGUGGGCACGGAAGAACGUACGAGUGAAUGCACUGAGCCCUGGUUACAUGCAAACUCGUCUGACACGUAAGGUGCUAGAACAGGACGAUGAAGUCAACCGUAAAUGGAAGUCUAUGACACCAAUGGGUCGACUCGGUGAACCAGAUGAUCUGGACGGCGCAGUAGUAUUUUUGAGUAGCGACGCUGCACGCUUCAUUACUGGAGCAGAACUCCUUGUCGAUGGAGGCUACUCUGUUAUCUGA